UGUGCAUGGCAUAUUUGUCAAACAACCAUUUACUCCAAAAGCUUAAGCUCGAGAAGGCUGCUUACAAACGUGAAGAAGGCUGGCAAGGAUGGCACUGAGCUUACAAACGUGAAGAAGGCUGCGUACUUAACUUCAUCUGUGAUGAAACACUUUGAUGUCCCAAAGCUCGAGAAGAAAAUUGAUGAGGAGAAGAAGGUUUCUCAUUCAUCACUGAUGGAUGACACAGAGAAGGCCAUACUUGAUCCAGCAAAAGCCAAAGUCAAACUAAAAGCGGAUAAUGUUGACAUCUGUUACACCCCCCCCAAAAAAAAUAAAAUAAAAUAAAAUCAGAGUGGGGGUGAAUUUGAUCUCAAGCCGAGUGCAUCAAGCAAUGAUGAGGAUCUCUACUAUGACUCGACAAGUGUGAUCAUAUGCGCAAUUCGCUACAAUAGCUACUGCUCAAACAUUGCCAGAACAUUUCUCAUUGAUGCAAAUGCAACGCAGAGUAAGGCUUAUGAGGUUCUCCUCAAGGCCCAUGAGGCAGCGAUAGGUGCAUUGAAGGCUGGAAAUAAGGUCAGUGCUGUUUACCAAGUAGCAGUCUCGGUGGUAGAGAGGGAUGCUCCUGAAUUUGCCUCUCAUCUUACAAAGUCAGCAGGAACGGGAAUCGGUCUUGAGUUCCGUGAGUCGGGAUUGAGUUUAAAUGCCAGGAACGAUCGGGUGUUGAAGCCUGGAAUGGUUUUUAAUGUAUCUCUUGGGUUCCAGAACUUGCAAUCAGAAACCAACAAUCCAAAGACAAAGAUGUUCUCGUUGUUGCUUGUAGACACCAUUAUUAUCAAUGAAAAAGCUGCAGAAGUUGUGACUUCAAUCAGCUCCAAGUUAGUUAAGGAUGUUGCAUACUCAUUCAAUGAGGAAGAGGAGGAAGAAGAGUAUCCAAAGGUCAAAGCUGAAUCUAAUGGAGCUGAGGCAUUCUUGUCGAAAGCGACUCUAAGGUCGGAUAAUCAGGAGACGUCAAAGGAGGAGCUGCGGAGGCAGCAUCAGGCUGAGCUGGCCCGACAGAAGAAUGAAGAAACUGUGAGGAGGUUGGCUGGGGGCGGUUCUGCAGCUGGAGAUGGCCGUGGUUCUGUAAAAGCUUCAAGCGAUCUCAUUGCCUACAAGAAUGUCAAUGAUAUCCCACAGUCGAGGGAAUUAAUGAUACAGAUCGACCAAAAGAAUGAGGCUGUCCUUUUGCCAAUCCACGGCAGCAUGGUGCCAUUUCACAUUGCUACUGUCAAGAGUGUUUCAAGCUAGUAGGACGGCAAAAAUUGCUGUAGGAUAUGCCUUGGGAGUUUUAAAUGAUCACCGAGUACCAUUCAAACUAAAAGGGAAGUUUUAUAGAAUAGCUGUAAGACCAACCACGCUUUAAGGAACAAAAUGUUGGGCAAGGGGAAGGCCCAAAAAGACGUGGAUGGAGGUAGUAAGAAAAGACACGAUGACCUAUGGUCUAACUGAAGGUAUGACCCUUGAUAAAGUG